AUGAGUUUCUUUAUGAUGCAGAAAUUCCAUAAAUUAAUUCUGUUUAUAUGGCUCGUAUCUGUUCUAACCUUAUCUAUCAGUGAUGAAAUUAAAACAGAUGGUGAUACGACUUUAACGUUAAUGUUAAAUGCAAGCUUUACUGAUGGAGAUUCCAAAACUGAACAUCGAACUUUAUCUUCGCCAAUUCAAUUUACAUCUGAAUCUGUUAAUUCUGCUAAAACCCAAAACAAAAAUGUUGCCACCCCUUUAGUUGCAGGAGAGGGUGGCCCAAUUUCAAUUAUUUCUACUACCGAACCAACAUUUUCUACUAAUUCACAUAAAUAUAUAACAAAUGCUACAGACAGUUUAGAUGUACGAGUUAAUGUAUCAACAGAAGAUGAUAAUGUUCCUUAUGUAAAAAGUAAAAAAACCACUUCUAAAAUUGUAUCAAGGAAAGGAGCAAAUUCUUCCAUUGAAACUAUAUCAUCCAAUGAUACGAAGACAAUAAUUAAAUCUUUAACAACAACAAAUGUUCAUAAUAUUGGAAAGAUUGAUACAAACAUGAAUGAAUUAAAAUCAAAUAUUACUGAGAAGCAUACAAAUACUGUUUCAAAUACUACUGUAAAUAGUACUUUGCAGGUUACAAAUGUGAUACAGCAGAAACUACCAAGUGCAGCUGUAAUAAAUAAUGCAUCGUCAGUCCGAGAACAUAAACAUAAACCAACUAGAACACAGGCAGAUUCUUAUAGUGAUAAGCAAGCAUUUAUAGAUCAUGCUAACUCAUACUACUCAGGUUCACGCUUAGGAAUGCCAAAGAAAAUUGAUUAUGUUUUACCAGUUAUUGUUACUCUUAUAGCUUUGCCAGUUUUGGGUGGUAUUAUUUUCAUGAUAUACAAACAAGGUAGAGAUUGUUGGGAUAAAAGACACUAUCGGAGAAUGGAUUUCCUUAUUGAUGGGAUGUAUAACGAUUAAUGUCAACAAAUAUCAUUCAAAAAGUGGGAUCCUAAUGCUAAUUUCAUAUAUGCAAUAUAUAACAAUUGAAUAUACUAUUCUGCCAUUAUUGCUGCAAUGAACAUAUAUAUAUUCCAUAUACAAAUACUUAUAAAUUUUUUGGUUUACUAUAACUUGCUACAUAUAUUUUUAUUAUUUUACUGCCUUGAUAUGAGAUUUGUUAUUUUAUAUAUACUAUGUCAUGUAUGAAAUUUGAACAUUCAUCUUUGUAAAUUUGGAUAAAUGGUGCUUAGGAAAGACAAUAUGGAAAUAAUAACAAAUUUACAAUUAUAACAAUAGCAGUAUUUUAUGAUUUGUACAAAUAAAGUAGUUUCAAAGUUAAACUUUAAUCUUAUUUUGUAAGAUAAUUAUUAACCUGUUUAUAACUUUUAUAGGUGAAGAAAUGUACAUUAAAAUAAUUUUUGAGAUUAAUGGUUUUACUCAAAUAAUUUUAUCUGUAAAUGAUUUAUUAUUAACUUAUGCUGAUUUAUCAUAAAAAGUUCUCAAUAGAGAAAUAAACAAAUUUGAUUGUGAGAACAGUAUUGUUAUAAUUUCUUUUAAUAACUCAAAGUAAAAUUUUUCUGAUAACAAUAUGAAAAUGUUUUCACAUUAAAAGAAAUUUCUAUUUCCAUAUAAUUUCCUUCUCACUAUAUCUUGGUUGUAUUUUUAAAUUUAAUAAUGCUCUUGAGAAUAAUUUACGAAUUGUAAAAUGAUAAUAUCUAGCUCACCAAAGAAGUAUCUGGUUUGAAUAAUUUGAUAUCUCAAUUUAAUUCUUAUAAUUGUUAAUUGUUAUUUACAUUUUUGGAAAGAUAUGUUUAUGUAAAAUAAUAAUUAUUGUUGUAAACAUGCGAAUGGAAUAGGAAUUGAAUGUCCAUUUGUAAAUUUAUUAUACUAUAGAAAAUAUAAGCAAUGAUUUAUGUAAUUACUUUAUCCAGUAAGGUUUUUUGCAAUUGUUAUUAGUAAUGAUUAAAUUUUAUAAACUUCUUGUUUAUUUAAUGUUCGUAAAAUUUGUAUGUUAUCUGGGUGUAAUAAAGCAAUAAUUAUAUAUAUAUAUA